AUGGCGCUUGCUGAUGCACUGGAUUCCCACGAGGAGCAUUCUAAUGAUGACGCAGAAUAUGAAGACGAUUCCCAGGAUUAUGAUGAAAGUGAAUCAGCGCUCGAAUUCACUAAUUCUACAUCGUCUGACCUGAUCACUUUGAAGUUGGCCAAUUAUGAGCAAAAUCAGAUCGAUAAAAGCCGCCAAAAAGCGCAAGCAAAUCCCACAGGCGAGGGGAAAGACAGUGACACCUGCCAAGAAACCUGCGCGAGACCGGCUGAGAAUGGAUUCUACUUCAAUAAAUCGGGCUUGUUACGUCGACUGGCAGCUGCCUUACCGAAUCGUGGAAGACGAUUACCCUUACGGCGGAUCAAGACAUUAAAGACGUUCCUAGAUCAAGAGGAGGAAGACCCGAUAGAACCGGAUGAUGAACAUCACACCAGUGAACCAGCUUCUCACGUGACACCGUUGCCGAAGGGGAAAACAGUUGUGCAUGAGGUCGAGAAGGAAGAUGAGGAAGAGGAUGCGGAGGAGGAGGAGAUGCAGAAUGCGAACGAGCACGACAGUGAACCAGGUCAGUGA